CAGGGAGGAGGCAUGAGCGCCCUGCCGUUACCGCUCCUCCUGCCGUACAGUUGCCACUUCGGGGCCUAACUCUGCCUUUUUGAAGCGGCUCCUGUGGAAAGGAGUCAUAAAGAGGAAAGCGAGGAUCGGACGCUGCCUUGCGUUUGGUUUGCAGUGGAAGAACUGACCCGGGAGGAAGAGAAUAGGGGGGAAGGGGGAGCUAGUCUCAAGAUGGCGGCUCCCAGGGCGGCAGGCGCAGCCUAAGCAGCAGAGGCGGACUAAGGGUAGACUCUCGAGACCUCACGAGCCAUACGGGGCGAGUCUCUGAGCAGCCCUCAAAAACUCAAGCUCGUUUCACUGGCCUCUGGCGCGCCUCUAUUCCUUACGAGUGUCGAGGCUGUUAAGGGAGCGGCCUCUACACUAAGCGCUGGGCGGGGAAGCGGGACGGUCUCAAGAUGGCGGCUCCCACAAUUGUGGUCUGAGCGCCGGCGGGGCUGAGACAACCGCUGCGCUUGUGGCUCCUUUCCACCCGCCCCGGAAGCCGGCCAGUACAGGGGACUCGGGGGGUGUGGGAACCGGGCCGGGGCUCCGCCAUUUCCGGCAGGGGAGGGCUACGACUGAGGAAGGGAGGAGAGAGAGGCGGCUCAAGAUGGCGGCUCCCAGGGCCUCCCGCUCGAGCUUGUAAGUGGGAGCUCCCAGGCAAGUAGUCAGGGCGGCGGGACUCGACGGCCUCCAGCUUCUCGGGUCCAGGCGCUUGACAGUUUCAAGAGGCUCUCGACAAGACGCGGUAAGCGAGAAGAAGGGGAAGAGGAGAAGGGAAGGAGAAAAUAGUUAAGAUGGCGGCCUCCAUGGAGCCGUCCACCGCUGUGUGAGGAUCAGUUUCUCAGUGAGAGCCACCUUAGACGAAGAGGGGUGUGUGUGAGCGGAAUUGGGGGGCUCCCUUCCCACUUGGCGACUUUUCUCCACCGCGCCCUUUCCCGGAACUAUGGCUUCGGCCGUGUCACCCGCCAACUCGCCAGCAGUGCUCUUACAGCCCCGCUGGAAGCGAGUGGUGGGCUGGUCGGGUCCAGUGCCCCGGCCCCGCCACGGCCACCGGGCCGUGGCCAUCAAGGAGCUCAUCGUGGUGUUUGGCGGCGGCAACGAGGGGAUAGUGGACGAGCUGCACGUGUACAACACGGCGACCAACCAGUGGUUCAUCCCGGCUGUGAGAGGGGACAUCCCUCCUGGGUGUGCAGCCUAUGGCUUCGUGUGCGAUGGGACACGCCUGCUCGUGUUCGGAGGGAUGGUGGAAUACGGGAAGUACAGCAACGACCUCUACGAGCUCCAGGCAAGCCGGUGGGAAUGGAAGAGACUGAAAGCAAAGACACCUAAAAAUGGGCCUCCUCCGUGUCCUCGGCUUGGGCACAGCUUCUCCCUUGUGGGCAACAAAUGUUACCUGUUUGGGGGUCUGGCCAAUGAUAGCGAGGACCCCAAGAACAACAUUCCGAGGUACCUGAAUGACUUAUACAUCCUGGAACUGCGGCCGGGCUCUGGAGUGGUAGCCUGGGACAUUCCCAUCACGUACGGUGUCCUGCCUCCACCCCGAGAGUCUCACACUGCAGUGGUCUAUACUGAGAAAGACAACAAGAAGUCCAAACUGGUGAUCUAUGGAGGGAUGAGUGGCUGCAGGCUGGGGGACCUCUGGACCCUGGAUAUCGAGACUUUGACGUGGAAUAAGCCCAGCCUCAGUGGGGUGGCACCUCUUCCUCGAAGUCUCCACUCGGCCACUACCAUAGGAAACAAAAUGUACGUGUUUGGUGGCUGGGUGCCUCUCGUCAUGGAUGACGUCAAAGUGGCCACACACGAGAAGGAGUGGAAGUGUACCAACACCCUGGCUUGUCUCAACCUGGAUACCAUGGCUUGGGAGACCAUCCUGAUGGAUACGCUGGAAGACAAUAUUCCCAGGGCCCGUGCCGGCCACUGUGCAGUAGCCAUCAAUACCCGCCUUUACAUUUGGAGUGGGCGUGACGGCUACCGAAAGGCCUGGAACAACCAGGUCUGCUGCAAGGACCUCUGGUACCUGGAAACGGAAAAGCCGCCACCUCCAGCCCGGGUACAGCUGGUGCGAGCCAACACUAACUCCCUGGAGGUGAGCUGGGGGGCCGUGGCGACAGCCGACAGUUACCUUCUGCAGCUCCAGAAAUAUGACAUUCCUGCCACGGCUGCCACUGCCACCUCCCCCACACCCAAUCCAGUCCCGUCUGUGCCUGCCAAUCCUCCCAAGAGCCCUGCCCCAGCAGCAGCCGCACCUGCCGUGCAGCCGCUGACCCAAGUAGGCAUCACGCUCCUGCCCCAGGCUGCUGCCGCGCCCCCGACCACCACCACCAUCCAGGUCUUGCCGACGGUGCCUGGCAGCUCAAUCUCCGUGCCCGCCGCAGCCAGGACUCAAGGUGUCCCGGCUGUGCUGAAAGUGACCGGUCCUCAGGCUACCACGGGAACCCCAUUGGUCACCAUGCGACCUGCCAGCCAGGCUGGGAAAGCCCCCGUGACUGUGACCUCCCUUCCCGCAGGCGUGCGGAUGGUUGUGCCUACACAGAGUGCCCAGGGGACGGUCAUUGGCAGCAGCCCACAGAUGAGUGGCAUGGCUGCAUUGGCAGCCGCGGCUGCUGCCACCCAGAAGAUCCCUCCUUCCUCGGCACCCACAGUCCUGAGUGUCCCGGCUGGCACUACCAUCGUCAAAACCGUGGCCGUGACGCCAGGCACCACCACGCUCCCAGCCACUGUGAAGGUGGCCUCUUCGCCAGUCAUGGUGAGCAACCCAGCCACUCGCAUGCUGAAGACUGCAGCUGCCCAGGUGGGGACCUCCGUCUCUUCUGCCGCCAACACAUCUACCCGUCCCAUCAUCACUGUACACAAGUCCGGGACCGUGACAGUGGCCCAGCAAGCCCAGGUGGUGACCACAGUGGUGGGUGGGGUCACCAAGACCAUCACCCUGGUGAAGAGCCCCAUCUCGGUCCCAGGAGGCAGUGCUCUGAUUUCCAAUCUGGGCAAAGUGAUGUCAGUGGUGCAGACCAAACCGGUUCAGACUUCGGCAGUCACAGGCCAGGCAUCUACAGGCCCGGUGACUCAGAUUAUCCAGACCAAAGGACCCCUGCCAGCCGGGACCAUCCUGAAGCUGGUGACGUCUGCAGAUGGCAAGCCCACUACCAUCAUCACAACCACGCAGGCCAGCGGGGCAGGGACUAAGCCUACCAUCCUGGGCAUCAGCAGUGUGUCCCCCAGCACCACCAAGCCCGGCACCACCACUAUCAUUAAGACCAUCCCCAUGUCGGCCAUCAUCACACAGGCGGGCGCCACGGGUAGGGGCCUUCCCCGGUGUGCUGGGGAGAAAGCAGGCGUGACUAGCAGUGCCGGCAUCAAGUCGCCCAUCACCAUUAUCACCACCAAGGUGAUGACUUCUGGAACUGGAGCCCCCGCCAAAAUCAUCACGGCUGUUCCCAAAAUCGCUACAGGCCACGGGCAGCAAGGAGUGACCCAGGUGGUGCUGAAGGGCGCACCUGGCCAGCCAGGCACCAUCCUGCGCACCGUGCCUAUGGGGGGCGUCCGCCUGGUUACCCCCGUUACUGUCUCUGCUGUCAAGCCGGCCGUCACCACACUGGUUGUCAAGGGCACCACAGGCGUCACGACCCUGGGCACGGUGACAGGCACCGUCUCUACCAGCCUGGCCGGAGCCGGGGGCCAUAGCACCAGCGCCUCACUGGCCACGCCCAUCACCACGUUGGGCACCAUCGCCACCCUCUCAAGUCAGGUGAUCAACCCCACUGCCAUCACUGUGUCGGCGGCGCAGACGACGCUAACGGCGGCCGCUGGGCUCACCACGCCCACCAUCACCAUGCAGCCUGUCUCCCAGCCUACCCAGGUGACUCUGAUAACGGCACCCAGCGGGGUGGAGGCCCAGCCUGUGCACGACCUCCCAGUGUCCAUUCUGGCCUCCCCUACUACAGAACAGCCCACGGCCACGGUCACCAUCGCUGAUUCGGGCCAGGGUGACGUGCAGCCCGGCACCGUGACCCUGGUGUGCUCCAACCCGCCGUGCGAGACCCAUGAGACGGGCACCACCAACACAGCCACCACCACCGUCGUCGCUAAUCUCGGGGGGCACCCCCAGCCCACCCAAGUGCAGUUUGUCUGCGACAGACAGGAGGCCACUGCUGCUCUCGUGACCUCCACGGUGGGCCAGCCGAAUGGCAGUGUCGUUCGUGUCUGCUCCAACCCGCCGUGUGAAACUCACGAGACUGGCACCACCAGCACAGCCACCACCGCCAUGUCUGGCAUCGGAGGUGGGCCGCGGCGAGACAUCCGGCUCGCCUGCGCAGCCACCACCAUUCCCACCGUGGUCCGGGUCAGCGUGACUGCCGGGGCGUCAGAGGGAGCCCAGGUUUCCAUCAAGCCCGCGUGCCAAACCCGUCAGACCAGCGCGACCAGCACCACCAUGACUGUGAUGGCCACCGGGGCCCCGUGCUCAGCCGGCCCGCUCCUCAGACCAAGCGUGGCCCUCGAGGCCGCUGGCCGCGGUGCCACUCUCUUACAGCUGGGGCCGCUGAGUGCCCAGGUCAGGCCCGGUGGUGAGGAAAGGUCCCUUGCUGGCCUGGGCCCGCUGGUGUCCAUGGGGCGCCAGCUGGAGGUGCAUCACACGCACACGACCAACACAGCCACUGUGGCCUGCUCUGCCAUGGGUGCCGGGGAGCCCCAUGAGCUGCUGGGGGCCCCCACACUUGUGUACGAGAGUUCAGCCAGUGCCUCUGUGACUGCCGCGGCCUUGGAAGCACUGCUGUGCCCCUCGGCCACCGUGACCCAGGUCUGCUCCAACCCCCCGUGUGAGACCCACGAGACGGGCACCACCCACACACCCACCACGGCCACAUCCGGAGGGCCUGCAGGCCAGCCAGAGGGCGGGCAGCAGCCUCCUGCCAGCCGGCCCUGUGAGACGCACCAGACCGCUUCCACUGGCACGACCAUGUCUGUCAGCUUGGGCGCCCUGCUCCCGGAUGCCGCCCCCUCCCACAGGACCCUGGAGUCCAGCCUGGAGGUGGCAGUGCCACCCGUAGUUGCCCCUCAGGCCGGCGCUUCGUUACUCACUCCUUUCCCAACGCAAAGGGUGUGCUCCAACCCGCCCUGUGAGACGCACGAGACAGGCACUACGCACACAGCCACCACUGUCACCUCCAACAUGAGUUCCAACCAAGACCCCCCACCGCCUGCUGGUGACCAGGGAGAGGUGGAGAGCACCCAGGGCGACAGUGUGAAUAUCGCCAGUUCCAGUCCCAUCACGACAACAGUGUCCUCCACGCUGACGCGGGCCGUGACCACCGUGACGCAGUCCACGCCAGUCCCAGGCCCUUCGGUGCCGAAGAUCUCAUCUGUGACUGAGACUGCCCCAGGGGCUCUGACCACCGAAGUCCCCAUCCCGGCCACGAUUACAGUGACCAUAGCCAACACAGAAACUUCUGACAUGCCCUUCUCUGCUGUUGACAUCCUGCAGCCCCCAGAGGAGCUCCAGGCCUCUCCAGGGCCGCGCCAGCAGCUUCCACCACGGCAGCUCCUGCAGCCUGCCUCCGCGCCCCUGGUGGGGGACUCCACCGAGGUCCUGUCAGCCUCCCAGAGCCCUGAGCUCCAGGCCGCCGUGGAUCUGAGCAGUACAGGGGACCCGUCUUCAGGCCAGGAGCCUGCCAGCUCGGCUGUGGUGGCCACCGUGGUGGUCCAGCCACCGCCACCCACCCAGUCCGAAGUAGACCAGUUGUCCCUCCCCCAAGAGCUGAUGGCCGAGGCCCAGGCGGGCACCACCACCCUCAUGGUGACAGGGCUCACCCCAGAGGAGCUGGCAGUGACUGCUGCUGCUGAAGCAGCCGCGCAGGCUGCAGCCACAGAGGAGGCCCAGGCCCUGGCCAUCCAGGCCGUGCUCCAGGCCGCACAGCAGGCUGUCAUGGCAGGCACUGGGGAGCCCAUGGAUACUUCAGAGGCGGCCGCGGCGGUGACGCAGGCAGAGCUGAGCCACCUGUCAGCUGAGGGCCAGGAAGGCCAGGCGACCACUAUCCCCAUUGUGCUAACGCAACAGGAGCUGGCCGCCCUGGUCCAGCAGCAGCAGCUCCAGGAGGCGCAGGCCCAGCAGCAGCAGCACCACUUGCCCACGGAAGCUCUGGCCCCUGCCGACAGCCUCAAUGACCCGACCAUCGAGAGCAACUGCCUCAAUGAGCUGGCCGGGGCUGUGCCCAGCACCGUGGGCCUACUGCCCCCCACGGCCACCGAGAGCCUGGCCCCGUCCAACACAUUUGUGGCCCCCCAGCCGGUCGUCGUGGCCAGCCCCGCGAAGCUGCAGGCCGCGGCCACCCUGACAGAAGUGGCCAACGGCAUUGAGUCCCUGGGUGUGAAGCCAGACCUGCCACCGCCACCUAGCAAAGCCCCUGUAAAGAAGGAGAACCAGUGGUUUGACGUGGGGGUUAUUAAGGGCACCAAUGUGAUGGUGACACACUAUUUCCUGCCACCCGAAGACGCUGUCCCGACUGAUGAUGACUCGGGCACCAUGCCCGACUACAACCAGCUAAAGAAGCAGGAGCUGCAGCCAGGCACUGCCUAUAAGUUCCGCGUUGCCGGGAUCAAUGCCUGUGGCCGGGGCCCCUUCAGUGAGAUCUCAGCCUUUAAAACAUGUCUGCCUGGCUUCCCAGGGGCCCCGUGUGCCAUUAAAAUCAGCAAAAGUCCAGACGGUGCUCACCUCACCUGGGAGCCGCCCUCUGUGACCUCCGGCAAGAUCAUCGAGUACUCAGUGUACCUGGCCAUCCAGAGCGCACAGGCCGGCGGUGAGACCAAGAGCUCGACCCCAGCGCAGCUGGCCUUCAUGCGGGUGUACUGCGGGCCCAGCCCCUCCUGCCUCGUGCAGUCCUCCAGCCUCUCCAACGCCCACAUCGACUACACCACCAAGCCCGCCAUCAUCUUCCGCAUCGCCGCCCGCAACGAGAAGGGCUAUGGCCCAGCCACCCAAGUCAGGUGGUUGCAAGAAACCAGUAAAGACAGCUCUGGCGCCAAGCCGGCCAGCAAGCGGCCCAUGUCGUCUCCAGAAAUGAAAUCCGCGCCAAAGAAAUCGAAGGCAGACGGUCAGUGAGAGGCAGCUGCCCAGCGCCUGGCUUCUUCUCCAGCUUCCCCUCUGCUUCAGGACCGCCGCCUGCCCCGCCCCGCCUGCCCCACCCGCCUGGCGCACACUCCACCCUCACGAGCCAGCAGCUGCCCUCCUCCCCCCUUCCCCUCUCUCUGUUUUUACAAGAAUCUUGAGAAAGCACAUUUUACCAUGCCUGCGGGGAUGGGGGCGGGGGGCGGGGAGCAGAAGGCAGAUGCUAAAGAGAGAGUGAGGGAGCGGGUGCACCCCCUUCCUCCAGGAAGCCCUCGAGCGAGAGACCUAAACGCACCGGAGCAGACGGAAAGCCCACCUCCUCCAAAGUCUGCACACCUCUCGCUGUUGCCCUUGGCUCCAGGGAUCAGCCAAGGCCCGAGGAGUUGGUGGGGGGAGCUUGUAGAAGUACCCCUGGCCCCCUUCCCCACCUCUAGUCUCAGAGUCUUGGGGGGCGCGCCCCCCCCCCCCAACCGGGUAUCUGGUUCUGUUUUCUUUUGUGACCUUAGCAUUUCUUGCCACGUGACCCCCGCCUGCCCAUUUGGUUUAUCCAACCCUGCCCUGCCUGGCAGUCCCAUGGGAAGCUGACACGUUUUCUCAGAGGCCUUCGUUCUCCCAUCCCGUCCUCCCUCCCCUCCUCUUACCGUUCAGAGAAGAAAAAGUGAACGAAAAAGCAAGGGGCGGAGAAGGAGCCCCGUGGUGGCCUGAGCAGUGUUCUGUGAAAACCUCCCGACGCCCACCUGGGGCCUCGAGGAGCCCUCCCACCGAGCCCGGCUUCGGCCUCUCUGGGGUCGGGGUUAGGGGCCACAUCACCAACUGCUGCAUUUGUUGUAUUUUUUUUAAGUUGAAAUGGAUGAAGUUAACAGUUUUAUUGUAAUUUUAGUCUUAGCGUGUGGGGUUUUGUCCCUUUUUUUGUUGUUAUUAGUUGUGUACAGAAUGUGUAUCUUUUUGUUUUGUUUUUGUUUUUUUUUUCUUUUUUAACCUUUUAUCCUUGGCGAAGCCUUGGCAGGGAUCUUUCUGGACGAAAAAGUGAGGGGUGGCCAGGGCAGGAGGAGUAUGGCAUUUUCCCUGUGGGCCUGGUGUCUGCUGCCCAGUGUGAUUUUCUUUCUGGCCCCUGUCAUGUGCCCUGCUCCCUGUCCCCAGGUCUCUGGGAUGACGGAGGGUGAGCGGUCAAAUCUUGCCCCCCUCGUGGCCCAUGGCUCCAACACUUAGAGGCUUGAGCUUGAGAGUCCUCUAGAACCCAGAGUCAGGCUUCCUGAGGACGAUGGUGCAAAGGCGUGGGCACGACCCGAUACCCAGCCCUGGGUCCAUGGCCCUCUCCACGACCCCCAGGCUCCCUCCCUGGCAUGAGUGCUUAGAGCAUCCAACACACACAGCCGCCACUUCCCGCGGCCACCCUCUCUGGGCAGGGAUGGCACACGUUGGACAGAAACCCAGCCUCUGAGGCUGCCUGGGAUGACAAGUCGUGGUACCAUCAAUGCUAUGAAGUUGGGCUCUGGGCUCUGCUGGGAGCGGCUAGUCCAGUGCCAGCUCUGCUCCAUGUCCAAGGUUUUUAGCAAGGAGUAAGACUUGCGAGCAAGUCGCACCGAAGGAUUUGAACCGAACAGCCGAUGUCGUCAAAGCCCCUUCCUCUGCCCUGGAGAUGCAGCUGGGGCUGGGAAGACCCCAGCCUCUGCAGACCCCUGCCCCUAGCCCCCACCCUCUGGGGCCUCUGUUGUAUUAUAGUAUAUUUCGCUGUGGAAAACGUCACGUUUAGUCACCUUGGAGCCCACCGCCUGAUCCCAUUGUCUUCCCCCCAGCCCGAUUCCUGAGCGCCCUCUGAUCUCUCUGUUUCUGGAAACAGUACGCCCAUUCAUUAUUGUAGAGUAACCCUUGUGACUCAAUAUUACCAUAGUGCGAUGUCGUUUUGUGCUAUUUUGAACAAUUAAAAGACUUUUUG